CAAGAUAGUCACACAGUUAGCAUUGUACGAUUACACUUUUUGACUGGUCACGGACCACGGUAAUCGCAAGUUUAUGUCACAAACAUCGACCUCUAAAGCAAAACAUACUUUUGUACUAAAAUGAACUCUCGCUGUUAACACUUAAAACACUCUGCCGUGUUUCUUGCUGCGAAACCAAUCGUCUUCUUCAAUUCCCAGAGUUUUUUUUGUUCUCCGCAUACUCCUCUCUGUUUCAUGGUUUCUUGGUGGUACCAAACGGUUUAGCCGCUGAUAUCGCGUAAAAGCUACUCAAUUUUGGAGAGUCUUCAAAAAUUUGUUUUCGUUUUAGUGUUUUUCCGAUCUGGGUUUUUGUUUUCAGCUCGAAAUUUUGAUGCUCGGAAGAGUUAUAGAGGAAGAGAAUUUAGGGUUUUUACAUUGGGCGUGAGUUUUGAUAAAAGGCACAAACUUUACCUUUUGGUCGGAAUCAGAGACAUGAUUCAGUUACUAUUCCUGGUUCUGUUCGCUGAAGGUGCGAUUGCUUUCUUACUACUAGUUAAGAUUGGUCCCUUAAGGGAGCUUGUAAUGAAGAGCUUAGACCAGCUUAAAUUGGGGAAAGCUCCAGCCACUGUGAAAACCAUCGCCGGAACCAUGUUUGUGAUCUUCCUCUCAAAUCUCAUGAAUAUAAUCAAGAUCCAGAACAAGGGUGCGAAACUCGGGACAAUGUCUCCUAUGGAUCAAGUCCUCUGGAGAACACACUUGCUCGAGGCUUCUCUUAUGGGUGUAGUGCUCUUUUUCGGCUUCAUUAUUGACCGGACACAUCAUUACCUCGGAAAGCUAAUCACUUUAAGAAGCAAUGACGGGUCAUCGAAAGGAGAACUCGAUCAACUUAGGAAGGAGAGAACUGAACUGAAAGAGAAAGAAGAGAAGACAUCCAAGGAAAUCAAGCAGCUGAAAGAGAAACUGUCAUGUGUUUCAGAGAAUCUGAAGAAAGCAGAGAAGGAAGCCAAAGAGAAAGAAACGAAGCUCGAAACAGCUGAAGCUCAUGUUACAGCUCUUCAAAAGCAGUCUUCAGAGUUAUUGUUGGAGUAUGACAGAUUGCUAGAAGACAACCAGAAUCUCCAAACCCAGAUUUUGGUUGGAACCAAAAAACCCUGAACUGAAUUAAGAUUUCUUAAGAGCCGUUUUUUAAAGAGUUUGUUGAGUGUUUGUAAACGAAUGGCUCGUUAUAGUUUAUGCGGAAAUGGCAUCUGAGGGAUUCUUGUAACAUUUUUUUUUUUGGUUUCAGUAAGCUCACUUGCUCACUCUUUGUUUAGCUUGAAGGCAAUGUAAUUUCUCUUGUUUCCCA